AAAUAAUUUUCAAAUAAUAGAAAAUAAAAGCUUUCCUUAUCAAUUGCACGAAUUGGAAUUUUAUUUGUAGCGCCGAAUUAAAAUGUUUAAAGUUUAAAAAAAGUGUCAGCGAGGUUAGGUUAUCUCAUUUGGCGUCGUCGACGACACGCCGACGUCAGCCAGCGCUUUCACACUAAAUUUGGAAUUAAUCCGUGAUAUAAACGUUAUAGUGAAGAUAAAACGAGUCCAUUGCAAAAUGUAAUAAUUUAGGCAACAGAUUUUUAUUAUUGAAUAGAGAUACUACUUUUUUUAGUGAUAGUUAUUCGUGUUUUAAGAAUGUAAAAAACAUAACCUACAAAACUGUUUCUGUUUGAUAACUAUUAUAAGAAUAUAUUACAAGAUAUAAGGGAUCGAGGAUUCGUUUUCGAUAAUGAAGGCAACAAAGACUUCAAAGAAACUAGACGAGACAGUCCAACCAAAAAUGUCCAAUCAAAAUGACUGCGACAAAGCACUGCCAACACCAAUCUUGGACACUUUCUAUCCAAACGAGUGUUUCAUCUGUAAAAGCCCAAAAGAUCUCCGCCGAUGUCGUCGUUGUCAAAUGAUUUCCUACUGUGGAGAAGCCCAUCAAAAAGAUCACUCCGAAAGCCAUAAAGAAAUCUGCAAGAUAAUCGCCGAUAUACUUAAACGCAAAAAAGUUACCCAUCUCUUUGAAAAUCUUCGCGGAAUCGACCAAAGUGGAUGGAAAGUCGAGCGCGAAAUCGCGAGAAUGGAAGUUCAAACGAAACUCUCUCGACCGAUUCUUCGCAACGAGCUGCAAAUGAUUCUCUAUCCGAGAGCCUGUUUCGUCUGUCACGAGGCGAAACAACAGAACCUAGUGAAUUGUCCAUCCUGUCCCUCGGCGAGUUUCUGUUCCCAGCAUAAAAACGCCAAUAGUCACAAUUGCUUUCAUCUGAAAUUCUGCCACGAUCUCGACAUCGGAUUGGACGAAACGAAUCUGGCAAAAGCUGUGGGAGCCGCUCAUGCAGUUGUUGAUCGCACCUUCUUCACCUCCGACAAUCAGAGUUUACCCAAGUCCUUGAAACAGCUGAUCACCCAUUAUCCGAAACCGCCAGUCGAGGCGCCCGAGAACAUAAAAAUCUACAGUUCCGAAUUGCUCACAGAUCCACUGACUCUUUUCAAUGCCCUCCAGAAGCUGCAAUUGUCGACACUCGCGAAACUCGUUGUUCAUCUCAGUGGCUUCGAAACCGUCUACGACAAUCCUAUAUUCUGGGAGAUACUCUUGCACCUUUUGCCCCAUCUGAAGUUCCUGAAGAUUGUAAUUGUCAAUGACAGGCAGUCGGUGAAGAAGGAGUCGAAACUUUGCAGCAAUUGCCGAUGGCAGAAGAAGCAUCUCGAGAUUGAAACUGUGACCUUUUCCUACGGGGAAUAUCUGAAGGAUGCUGCUUUUCAGAAGCCCGAUAUCGUUGUCUGUUAUAAUGCCGAGCCUUCGGAAGCUAAUCAGAUUUAUGAGGAACUUUGGAAGUGUUCACUAUCAGCCUGGGGAUCAGUCUCUUGUCCCCUCGUUUUCACCACCCGGACGGAUUCAACCUUGAAGGAAAUGACGGACAUUCUGAAAUCAUCGUUUCCCAACUCCAAGUUUUAUUAUGAAGCGCUGAACGAGUUUGCGAGUUUGAGACCGACGAGGGAAUGGGAGUUGGGUGGUAUCUACAAGGACAAUCAGUUUAUGCUUGUUUUAAAGGUGCCUCAUGGAGAUGAGAAUGAAAAGACUCCGGAUUUGGUGAAUGGUGUAAAGGCAGAAUCAUACUCGAUGAUGAUAAAUCAUCCCGAGCCCCGGCCAAAGAAAGUCGAGAAGAUUGUGAAUUCGGACAAGAAUAAGAUUGCAACUAGUUUGGAAUCGGUGAGUGCGACAAUUGAGAAAAACUCGGCGUCUCUGCGAAAUGGUGAGCUGGAAAAAAUCGAGGAUUUGGUGAAUGGUGAUGUUCCGAAGAAUUGUGAUUCGAUGACGAAUAAAUUCGAGGACAAAGCAAGUCCUGAUGAAGUUCAGAAGUCGGAUUUUCUUGAUAAUGAAGUCGAGAAGAGGUUGGAAGCUGACAAGGAUCAGGAAGAGUCUCUUUCUUUUAAUGAUAAGAUCAAGGCGUCACAUCCCGACGAGAGUGUAAAUGAAUGGGACUUUUUUUAUAUUAAUUCUUGUCAAGUUUGUCAUAUUAAUCAUCGAGUUGUGCCCUGCACUCGGUGCAAAAUGAUUUCUUAUUGUGGCGACAAGCAUCGAAAGGAGCAUUGGCCCAAGCAUAAAGAUUUGUGUAAAGUUAUUCUGGGAAUGUUGAAGGAAACUGAGGCGACGAAUCUUUUUGAUAAGUUGAAAACGAGUGAUACGGAGGCGUGGAUGAGGAUUAAAAUUGAUAUGAUGCUGAGAGCACAGAGCAAACUUGGCAGACAGCUUGUGGAUUUUGAGAGGCAGAUGUUUCUCUUUCCGAAAACGUGUUUCGAUUGCCACGAGAGUGACUUGAGCAUUCUGAAAACUUGUGAUUGUGGGAUAAGCCUCUGCAAACAACAUAAAAAAAACCUAAACCACCAGAAUCUCUGUGAUAACUUGAAACUAGCUUUUGAAAACUGCCAGCUUUUGCAAAAUAAUAAAAGUAAAUCGCUUCCGGCAAUUGCUGAUCAAGGCUCAACCAUGAUCUCCAUAAGAUCAGUGCCAAUCCAAACAAAACUGAAGAACCUGCCGAGUACAAUCAAGGAUUUUAUGGACUCCUGCAUAACAUCCUCGGACAAGGUGGCCGAACUCUUUUCCAAAAAUCGUGACAUCUUUUCCGAAGUUCUGUCGAGGCCCUUGACUCUGCUUUACGGGAUUCAAAAACUGAAUUUGACCUCCGCUUCAUCUCUGACAAUUCAUGUGAUUGGAGCCACCAACGAGGAAUUUAGGUGUGUAGGUUACUGGGAAAUUUUGCUUCACUGGCUUCCAAAAUUAAAGGAAAUCAAAGUGGCCUUUGUCGGGCCCGAAAUUAAUGGGCCCUUCCAACUUGCCAUCACAGCCUGUGAAUCUUGCAAUUUUGUGAGCAAAAAGCCAGCUCUCGUAUCCAGUCGACGCUCACGAUACGACGAGUAUUUCGCGAGUAAAUUUUACUCGAAACCAGACAUAAUUGUCGGCUAUAAUCUCGAUUUGCAUGAGAGCGAACUUGGAUUGUCGGAAUCAACCUGGAAGGAGACGAUUUUGACCCUGAAAAUGGUGGAGGCGCCGUUUAUAUUGACGGCAGGAACCGAGGAUCGAGCGAGGAAAGAUCACGCGACAUUUUGCCACCUUUUCGAGAAAUCGGUCUCGCAUAAUUGCUGUGAAAUCAAUCCAUUCGCGAGUUUAAUUCCCGAGCGGGACUUUGCAACCGAGGAGUUGAAAUAUGCGAAUAAGUAUAUUGUCAUUUAUGAGGGACUGUAUGUGGAGAAACAUCCAGUGGGGUCUGGCGUUAGUGAAUUGAAAGGAGAUUCCGUAGCUGACGAAAGUGAAGAAGGAGAAAAUGAAUCUCUGGAGCUGGAGGUGUCGAAAAAACAGCUAGAAGAUGUCAAAGUGAAUGAAGAGGAGAAGGAGAUCGGUGCAAGUGGGCUCGCCGCAUUGGAGGAGAAACUUGCAGCUGCUGAAAUUGCGGAAAGGAAGUCGUCUGAUGAAGUUUUUCAAGUUCCGGUGAAAGAAGAAAAGGCGGAAGUUCCAGUUGAGGAGAAACCGGAUGCUCAGGAAGUCAAAGACAAUAAGAAAGAGACUUUAAUAAUGGAAUCUGAAGAAACAGAAAAAAAUAAAGAGCAAUCGGAAAAUGUAGAAUCUGUUGCGAAAUCCGAAUCUAAACCGAAUUUGAGCAUUUCUGAAAAUCAAGAGCCUCUUCGCCAAUCUGAAAAUAUAGAAUCUGUUGCGAAAUCCGAAUCUAGACCGAAUUUCACUGUUCCUGAAAAUCCGAGGCCUCUUCACCAAUCUGAAAAUAUAGCAUCUGUUGCGAAAUCCGAAUCUAAACCGAAUUUGAGCAUUUCUGCAAAUCAAGAACCUCUUCGUCAAUCUGAAAAUAUAGAAUCUGUUGCGAAAUCCGAAUCUAAACCGAAUUUGAGCAUUCCUGAAAAUCAAGAGCCUCUUUGCCAAUUUGAAAAUAUAGAAUCUGUUUCUAAAUCCGAAUCUAGAGCGAAUUUUACUGUUCCUGAAAAUCCGAGGCCUCUUCACCAAUCUGAAAAUAUAGAAUCUGUUUCUAAACCCGAAUCUAGAGCGAAUUUUACUGUUCCUGAAAAUCCGAGGCCUCUUCGCCAGUCUGAAAAUAUAGAAUCUGUUCCUAAAUGCGAAUCUAGAGCGUAUUUUACUGUUCCUGAAAUUCGGAGGCCUCUUCGUCAAUCGGAAAAUGUAGAAUCUGUUUCUAAAUCAGAAUCUAGAUUGAAUUUGAGGUUUCCUGAAAAUCAUAGACCUCGUCACGAAGAUUUAUUGCAAGAGAAUUUAAUGCUGAGAAAGGAGAAUCAACUUUUGAGGGAAAAUCAGCAGCUUAAGGAAGAAAAUAGUGAACUUAAAGACGAAAAUCAAAAGCUCAAGCAGGAGAAUGAACGACUCAGGAUAGAAAAUGACGUGAUUAAGGAUUUGCGGAGCCAAGUUGAGGAAAGUAUUCGAGCUGCGAUGAGUGGAAUACAUGGUUGUAUAAAAUAAUUCUAAUAAUUUAUAAUUCUGAAUGUAUAAAUGUACAUUGUACAAUGUUGACUCUUUUUUAAGAGCCUUUUAUAUGCAUUAGUCAGUUAAAUUACAAUGACGAAACCUUUUUUAGGUUUCGAGAUCCGAUAGAUAAGUGUAUUUUGUAAAAGAAUUUUGACCCAUGGUAUUAAAUACAAUGGACACUUGUAACUACGGAGAAAAUUGAAUUACAUAUGCAUAAUAUUUAUAUCAUUGUUGAACAUAAUAUUGAAUGCAAUGGACGUUUAUCUGGAAAUAAACGUGAUUGCCAAAUUUAGAGGUGGAUCGAAACUUCAUUUGGUACUAUCUUUUUAAAGAAUUUACGUGUCGGUAUUUUUUUAUAUAAGGAAAAAAGUACAAAUGGAUAUUUCCAAGAUUUAUACAAAUAAGAUGAAUAUAUAUUAACAGGCGCAUAAUAAAUUUAAAUUUCAGUACU